AUGUGCUCCCAUCAGUCCCACCUGAGCUCUGGAGGUGACAGCGAGAUUGUAAAUAAUAUGUACGAGACCGACCCUGAUCUCCUUGCUGGCGAAAGUGCAGAGGAGGAAACAGAGGACAGUAUUAUGUCCCCCAUUCCUGUCGGACCUCCAUCACCCUUUCCCACCAGUGAGGACUUCACUCCCAAGGAGGGCUCACCUUAUGAAGCUCCCGUCUACAUUCCUGAUGACAUUCCAAUCCCACCAGAUUUUGAACUCAGAGAAUCUUCGAUCCCAGGGGCAGGGCUAGGGAUUUGGGCCAAAAAGAAGAUUGAAGUUGGGGAAAGAUUUGGACCCUAUAUGGCAGUCCAGAGGAGCACAUUAAAGGAGACAAACUUUGGAUGGGAGCAAAUACUGACUGAUCCUGAGGUGACCUCCCAAGAGGGCAAUAUCAAAAAGCAGAUUGCAGAAGACCUGGGGACUGAGAAGUUCUGUCUGGAUGCUGGCCAGAGUGGAGCUGGGAACUGGCUGAAGUACAUCCGUGUGGCCUGCUCCUGUGAUGAGCAGAACCUGGCUGUCUGCCACCUCAACAACCAGAUCUAUUAUAAAGUUAUUAAAGAAAUUGAGCCAGGAGAAGAGCUCUUGGUGUAUUUGAAGGAAGGUGGUUAUUCCCUUGGGAACAUGGCACCCAGCAUGGAAGAGGAGCCCACGUUUCGCUGUGAGGACUGUGACGAGCUGUUCCAGUCCAAGCUGGAGCUGCGGCGGCACAAGAAAUACACCUGCAGCGCCGUCAGCUCCCUCUACGAGACCCUGAGCGACGAGAUCAAGCAGGAAGGUCUUGGGGAUGGACAGGUCUACGAGUGCAAAGACUGCGAGAGGAUGUUCCCCAAUAAAUACAGCCUGGAGCAGCACAUGGUGAUCCACACCGAGGAGCGGGAGUACAAGUGUGACCAGUGUCCCAAGGCCUUCAACUGGAAAUCCAACCUGAUCCGGCACCAGAUGUCCCACGACAGUGGGAAACGGUUUGAAUGUGAAAACUGCGUGAAGGUGUUCACCGACCCCAGCAACCUCCAGCGCCACAUCCGCUCGCAGCACGUGGGCGCGCGGGCCCACGCCUGCCCCGACUGCGGCAAGACCUUCGCCACCUCCUCGGGCCUCAAGCAGCACAAGCACAUCCACAGCACUGUCAAACCUUUCAUAUGUGAGGUCUGUCACAAAUCCUACACGCAGUUCUCCAACCUGUGCCGGCACAAGCGGAUGCACGCGGACUGCCGCACGCAGAUCAAGUGCAAGGACUGCGGGCAGAUGUUCAGCACUACCUCCUCCCUCAACAAGCACCGCCGCUUCUGCGAGGGCAAGAACCAUUACAGCCCUGCCAGCAUCUUUGCCCCUGGCCUGCCCCUCACGCCCACCUCCAUGAUGGACAAAUCCAAGCCCUCUCCCAACCUCAAUCAUGCCAGCCUGGGAUUUAAUGAUUAUUUCCCGUCCCGCCCGCACCCGGGGGGUCUUCCGUUCUCACCUGCCCCCCCUGCCUUCCCUGCCCUCACCCCGGGGUUCCCAGGGAUUUUCCCACCGUCUCUCUACCCCAGGCCCCCCUUGUUACCACCCACACAACUGCUCAAAAGCCCCCUCAACCACACUCAAGAUGCAAAGCUUCCAAGCCCCCUCGGGAACCCGGCACUUCCUCUGAUCUCUGCGGUGAGCAACAGCAACCAGGCCACUUCAGGAGAGGAGAAAUGUGAAAGCAGCCUGGAAAACUCCUACCUGGAGAAGCUAAAAGCCAGGAACAGUGACAUGUCUGAUGGCAGUGACUUUGAGGAUGUCAAUACAACCACAGGCACAGACCUGGACACCACGACUGGCACUGGUUCUGACCUGGACAGUGAUGCAGAGAGUGACAGGGACAAAACAAAAGACAAGAGCAAACAAAUGGAGAGCAAGCCAGACUUUGUCAGCAGCUCCGUGUCUGCAAGUUCCACCAACAACACCAGUGAGAUCCCUCUCUUCUAUUCUCAGCAUUCCUUCUUUCCUCCCCCCGAGGAGCACCUGCUGCCUUCCACAGGAGCAGCCAAUGACUCUAUUAAAGCCAUCGCCUCCAUCGCAGAGAAGUAUUUUGGGCCUGGCUUUAUGGGGAUGCAGGAGAAAAAGAUGGGUUCGCUCCCGUAUCAUUCCAUGUUCCCUUUCCAGUUCCUCCCCAAUUUCCCCCAUUCCCUCUAUCCUUUUACAGAGCGGACCCUCAAUCACAGCUUGCUGGUCAAGGCAGAACCAAAGUCACCCCGGGACCUCCACAAAGUGGGCAGCACCAGCUCCGAGUCCCCCUUUGAUCUCACCACAAAGCCAAAAGAGAUGAAGCCAAUCUUGCCACCACCGAAGGUCCUGCCAGCUCCAUCCUCAGCAGAAGAGCAGCCCCUGGAUCUGAGCAUUGGCAACCGCAUCCGCGCCAGCCAGAACGGGGGAAGAGAGCCACGGAAAAACCACAUCUAUGGGGAGAGGAAGCUGAUGGCCAGUGAAGUCUUGCCCAAGAUUUCCCAGUCCCAGCUGCCGCAGCAGCCGUCCCUGCAUUAUGCUAAGCCAUCACCCUUCUUCAUGGACCCCAUCUACAGGGUGGAGAAGCGGAAGGUGACAGACCCUGUGGGUGCCCUCAAGGAGAAAUACCUGCGACCCUCCCCGCUGCUUUUUCACCCCCAGAUGUCAGCCAUAGAGACGAUGACGGAGAAGCUGGAGAGUUUCGCGGCCAUGAAGGCAGACACGGGCACGUCCCUGCAGCCCCUCCCGCAUCACCCCUUCGGCUUCCGCUCGCCGCCCCCCACGCUCUCCGACCCCAUCCUGCGCAAGGGCAAGGAGCGCUACACCUGCAGGUACUGUGGUAAGAUCUUCCCACGCUCAGCAAACCUGACAAGGCAUCUGCGAACACACACUGGAGAGCAGCCCUACAGGUGUAAAUACUGUGACAGGUCAUUCAGCAUUUCCUCCAACCUCCAGCGGCACGUCCGGAACAUCCAUAACAAGGAGAAGCCGUUCAAGUGUCACUUGUGCAACCGCUGCUUCGGGCAACAGACCAACCUGGACCGGCACCUGAAGAAACACGAGCACGAGAACGUUCCAGUGAGCCAGCACUCCGGAGUCAUCACAAACCACCUUGGGACCAGUGCCUCUUCCCCAAACUCGGAGUCAGACAACCAUGCACUUUUAGAUGAAAAAGAAGAUUCGUAUUUCUCUGAAAUCAGAAAUUUUAUUGCAAAUAGUGAGAUGAAUCAAGCAUCAACUUUAGCAGAUAAAAGGCCAGAAAUCCAGGACAUUGAUGGCAAUUCCCAGUGUCAUGGAUUAGCAAAUGAGAAAACAGAAGACGUGGAUGAUGAAGAUGAAGAACUGGAAGAGGAAGAUGAUGACAGCCUGACAGGGAAGUCCCAGGAUGAAACAGUAUCACCCACUGCAGAGCCCCGAGGACCGUUUGAGGAUGAGGAGGAUGAAGAGCCCACGUCUCUCACCAUGAGCUUUGACCACACCCGAAGGUGUAUUGAGGAGGACGAAGCCGGCUUGUUAGAUUUGGAGCAGAUGCCGAAUUUUGGGAAGGGGCUGGAUCUUCGCAAAGCAGCCGAGGAAGCAUUUGAAGUUAAAGAUGUGUUUAAUUCCACCUUAGACUCUGAGACAAUAAAACAGACUCUGUACAGGCAGGCUAAAAACCAGGGGAAGGGGGGCAGCACCCUGGUGUAG